CACAACAAGAUGGACGAAACAUCGGACGCAUCGGGUGCCGAGAAAAGGCGACUUGUGGAAGAAACGGCAGAAGAGGGCGGGAAAGAGUUCGAUGCAGAACCUCAAUCAGAAAAAAGAGAAGAAGAUAAUAGAAUGCAAAACGUGGAAGCAGACGACGGCUCUAUGCCUACACCUCUGUCCAAGUCCGUAAACGACGGCGCAGAACAACCAGAUGCGCCGACCCAAAGCGUUGAAGUUCUCGGUGGAAAGGAAUCCCCACCAAUCACUGUUCUCGAUACGGAACAAUCAGGCGACAAUUCUCGAGCUAUCACCACAGAUGAAGGAAACGUUUCUAACAAUGCACCCCCGGAUACCACAACAGACACUGUAGGUGACGUCAGUACUAACACAGAGGACGAUACAACGGAGAACGACGAGAUUGACUCAGGGGGCGGUAUAGCCGACGCUGCCAAGUCUUUCUUCCACUCACUGUUACCAGAGAAUGAAACAGUGUUGACCAAAGAAUCGUUACGUAACGCUAUAUCAGGCGCCGCGAUGUCUGCAAGUAAAUUGAGGGAAAUCAGGAUUAUGGAGAAACUAAUCGAUAAAGGUGAGGAGCUGAGUGAAGAUGCAUUCAUUGGCAAGGCGGUUGACCUAGCUGAAGGAAUACUUCCAAAAGAGCUGUCAAAUUUGUCUGAUAUCGGUGAUUUCGAUACAAAUAUUGACCCAGAGGAGUAUGAGAAAGCCACGGCGAUACAGAAGGUUCUCAAAUAUCCUGGUUAUUCAAUGAAAUUAGCCGCUAGUUACGUCAUCGACACCGUAUCAAACAAAGGCUUGUCAUGGCUGCGUAACAUGGUCCCCACUGCACAGAUCCAAACCUUACUGUUAAUCUUCCUGUACAGUGUGUGUACAUUAGAUACCAUUUUAUUUGUUGUUCCCAUAUUUUUACAGUACCUCUCAUUCUUUUCUCUAAUAGUCUGCACGCUUCAGAUGUUUCAGGGUAAAAGGAAACAAAUUAAUUUGAAAUCGUGGUCGCAGAUGCUAAGCGACCAUUAUAGAGCACUAGACAAGGACCAGACCGAGUCGUAUUUUGAUUGGACUACGCUCAAGCCUUAUUUCAGUUUUCUGGCCGCCUUGUUGUCAUUUGUUUUCAGUUUUUCCCUGGUGGAUACCGACUGGCUACCGUAUUCUGAGUUCACUAUUAUAUCACUGUUCCUCACAAUGUCGUCCUAUAUCGGCUUAGGCGACUCCGAAGACCAUAUCACGUUAGUGUCGCUCUGUGUACAGGUCGUCACCGCAGUUCAAAGCUCCGUUGUACAGAGCUCGUCACAAGGCGUUAUGUUGAGCAUUGCGAAUAAUCUGAACAACGGAUACACCAUCAGCUUGAUGGAGUCGCUUCACGUCCAUCUAACCGUUCUGACCGCUCUCCAUCUCAUACCUCCCGCUCUGUUUAUCAACGUACUACUGCGCAAGUCGUGGCGUGACGGGUUACAGAUUUUGAUACCUCAUUUAAUAUGCGUGAUGUGGCUCCAGAUAGCAGUCACGUGUUACUCGCAGUCGUCCAUAUAUGGGUUAAUGAGAGGUUUGUUUGGUUGGUGGGCCAUGGUUUUCAUUGCUCCUAUAAUGGUGCUUAUUACGAUUGUUUGGUUAGCUAUUUGGGUUAUAAAAGUUGUUUUCAUCACAGGAUCAGGUCUGAAAAUUUUAAUCUCAUUAAUACUUCUUGGAGUAGUCUUACUUUUACCUAUAUAUCUCAGUAAAGGUCUGCCAUUCAAACUGAGCAAGAAAGCUGUCACCUCGGCGUUAGUUGUAGCCGGGAUAUUGUCACUUUUCCCUGCUGUUUACGUUGGAAUAACUCAAUUCAAAUCAGGCGCGUCCAAGAUGUCUUGGCAACAGUACUAUAAUCUUUGCGGACCUGUCACAGGCAAGAGUACUGUGGCAAACACACAAAUCGUCUGUGAUCAUUUAACCGGCCAGUGGGUCACGUGGCAGGGCAACGUCACUGGCGUUAAAAUAUCAGCCGUAGACAACAAAGCAGAGGCCGCCCUCAACGUGUUCCCCGCCACACUUUCUAAUUGGCUAAGCUGCGUCUAUGGCGACCCGUACCCAGAAUGCAACACAACAGAAAACGCUACCGAAAAUGGCACGAAUAAAUUAUGUGAAAUCAAACAAAUUUCCGGUCGUGAUUGUCACAUGUCUAAGUACGACACGUUGACUUUUCAAAUAAGUGCCAAAAUGAAAUCGACUGAUGGUAAAUCGAGCGUAAUUAAUAUCGUGGCCAGUCAUUCCUUCCGACACACGGCUUUAUCGCUACAGAUCGGUAAUCGCAUAGAGUUCACCGGUACGCUGACGACUAAUUUAGGAGCUCCGGGGUUGACCUUGACUCUUUACUCACUUCAGUGUCUAACGUGUACAUCUAUACAAGCGGAUCUAAUCACCCAGCAACAAACCAUAUCCGAACAGCUAAUGGAAUCUCUGUUUUUCGCUUUGAAUUUCUUCAUCCCGCCAUUCUUUUCCACGUCAGAGUAAAAUUAAAGUGACACAGAUGUCACGCGGCACGUGCGUUCGAAAUUCACUUAAACAAACAAUAUAAUUUACAUGCAUUGUAUUCUCGGGCGGAUAUCCGGGCAUUUUCAGCGCCAGGCAACCAUCACGGUGAAAACAAACUUGAAAGGUAAAACGCUCAGAAACUGUACUUUGGAAUAGUUGUUGGGACUUUUCAAAACUGUGUACCAACUAGAUUAUCCCUGCAUGUGCAACAUAUAUAUAUUUGGUUUUUCAGGAUUACUUCAAUGUUGGGUUUGUGCGGUUUCCUCGACUUUAUCUGUUUUCACCGGCUGUUGCAUGCGGUGUUCCACAGCAGUUCGCGCAGAGCCCAUAGAAAUACGCGGUAAAGUGGUGCGCGUCUUAGCAACAUAGAACAUCAUUCUGUGACGUAGCACCGCCCCCGAGAAUAGGUCGUAUGGUGACCAUAUCGAACAUGACACGUCACGACGACUGUUCCACAUUAAAUGAUAUGCAGAUCAACAAAUGAUUCAUAUGUUAUGCAAUCCCGCCAUGCAACGUAUUGGUGCAACAACCUGCAACAUGUCUCUAUUUCAAUGAAUAACAUGAUAACACACAUAUAUGCUUUAAUUGACCAAGGUAUUCUGAGUUCUAAGUGCCUAUCCACGAUCUCAAUGCUACACAAGCUCUUCAUUUAUUUUAGCUAUGUAAUUGAUUCGUAAAUGGUAAUUUCACAGUUGUCCAGACAAAUCAAUUUUACACUAGUUUUUCUCUAUGAACGUUAAAGUCGUUCGCGGGCAUUCGACCUAUUAAAUAAGGGCGAAACAAAUUACCACGUUCUUCUUCCGAGUGUUACAUAAUUGUUGAUAUAGACAUGAUUCAUUGAGUGAGAGAAAAGCUUUCUGGAAACAUGCAAAAAUGUAAUUUUUGGAACUAUUUCCAUUCAAUGACAUAUUAAUGUAUUAUUUCACGAAAAAUAAAUAGUACUUCAGCGUUUGCCAAUAAUUCGGGACAACCUUCUUAUAAUUACGUAUAGUGUUUUCACACCAUGUACCCCAACGGCGAAUAAUUGUUGCCAUAGCAACCAACAUUAUAUCGCUGAAAAUAUCGUCAUUUGACACAUUUUAAGGUGAAAAGUAGUUCGGUUAUUAUAUAUGGUAAAAGUCAAAGAAAUCUGGCGAUAGAUUGUAAUGGUAGUCAACAGCCUUGAGAUGACGGUAGUGUUUUCCGAGCUCCUUAAGUUGUAACUCUUGUCAACUGACGAUCGACCAUUCACGAGAAAGCAUCUUUUCACCCGAUUUGAAUAAAAUAUGGUUGUACAGGCUUUAGCUGUAACGUUUCA